AUGCCUCGCUCCAAGCGUGCCCGCGUCGUCCACGAGACCAAGACCGCCAAAAAGUCCCACAAGGAACAGACCAGACGCCUGUACGCCAACAUCCGUGAAUGUGUCGAGAACUACAACCAUCUUUUCGUCUUCGGAGUUGAUAACAUGCGCAAUACCUACCUGAAGGAUGUGCGCACUGAGUUCGCCGACAGCCGUCUCUUCUUCGGCAAGACCAAAGUCAUGGCCGUGGCACUGGGCCACAACCCCGAAUCCGAAGCAGCCACCAACCUGCACAAGCUCGUCCCUUAUCUGACCGGUGCCGUCGGUCUCCUCUUCACCUCUCGCGACCCCGAGUCUGUCACCAACUACUUCGACUCCUUCCGUCCCCUGGACUUUGCCCGUGCCGGCACCGUCAGCACCCGGUCUUUCAGUAUCCCCAACGGCCUUGUGUACUCGCGAGCCGGCGAGAUCCCCGCCUCGGAGGACGAGCCAGGCAAGGUUAUGCUCGAGUUGACCGGUGGCCAGGAGGCAUUCCCCGUUUGCCGGGAGGGAGAGGUUCUCGACUCGCGGCAGACGACGCUGCUCAAGAUGUUCGGCGUUGCUACUUCUGAGUUCCAUGUUGCGCUCAAGGCUCGCUGGGCCCGGGAAAGUGGAGAGGUGACGAUUCUAGAGAAGGACCAGAGUGGUAUGGAGAUUGAGCAGUGA